AAUCUAUCCAAGAUGGCUGCCCUCGCGAGCGACGCGGUGUUGAGCAUGAAACAACUUGUUGAAGUGGAAGAAGUGCAGUGAGCAUCCCCCAAAAUCAAGUCCUACAUUGUCACCAGACUCACCAGAGAGCAACUUUAUUGGACCAACUUACUCCAAAUAUUGAACAAGUCUGACCUUUCUGUGAUUUGUCCCUCAGAAGAUGGCAGCAACCCAAAAAUUUCUGCUGCGUGUUUAUGUUGCCACAGAUGUUGCUAUAAAGGUAACUUUGACUGAGCGACCAGAGUCGGUGAAAGAGCUAAUCAACAUACUGCGAGAAAAAGCCAAGCCAAGACUGGACUUUGAGUUUACCUUGUAUUAUGAGGAUCCUGACUUUGGUGGACAACUCAGCUGUCUAGUUGAUAUUCAAGAGUUACCAGAGAAGGCGACAUUGAAAAUUAUCAGAUCAGAAAGUGAUACCAGCUCAUGUGCAUCUUCUGAUACAGACAUCCUUCCUCUUGUGCCUAUAAGCCAGCGUCAGAAGUCCUGGCCUGACAUCUUCCCUGUGCCAACUUUUUCUUAUGAAGUGGAGCAUGUGCUUGAAGAGGGAAACAGUGCAUUUGCAACUUCUGGAAAGACACUGAAAUUAACCAGAUCCCAAAAGCACAACAUCUUGGAGAACAUGGCUGCAGUGAUGUACAACUUCAAACCUUACCCAAGUGACAAUGAUGUGGGUAUGGCAGCUGAAGCUCUUGUUAGAGCUCAUCCUUGUCUUAAAGAGCCUGGAAGUGUGAGUGGAUGGUAUGGAUGGAAAAUGAGCCUGAAAUUUAAGAUGGGGGAUUAUCGUGGCAAGCUGUCAAGAUCUGGAUGUUUGGAGGUGUCUGUCAACGCAGGUAAAAGGAGCAAAAAUAACCCUGACAAAGAGCACCCGCACUCCAACAUAAAAAGAGCCAGACGAGCUGAAGUGAACUUCCUUCCAAACUUUCCCAAGGGAGAAAGUCAGGCCAGUUUGGAAGAAAUGAGACUGCAGAUUAUGGACGAAGUUCAGAAGAGUCAGCAAAACCUACGCUUGAUAGAAAUGCUAAUGCAGAAGACCUUUGCCCUUCGUCGCCAGGAGAUAAUUCAGGAAAAUCCACAGGUGAAGGACUUCUUGGGGAAAUGGCCGGCUCUUCGGAUUGAAUCACAGCUUUGUGCUGAGUUCCAACGCAUCACAAACGUCAACCUACGGAACCAGUUCUAUGCUGUGCUUGACCAACAUACACCUGGACUGGUGGCCUUGUAUAGGCAGAAGGAACGAACCGGAAAGAUAUCAGAGGCGCUGCGUGACAUCUUAAAGAUUUAUGAUCUCCAGGUGGAGGAGUCAGAUGAGCCAGGCAUCAUUGACACUCCUGUUGCUCUUGUCACAGCAGUCACAGAGGACACUGCAGAUCCAGUCUUUGACUUUCAGAUCUGA